ACCUUUGGGUCGUAACCGGCGCCUUCAAGGAGCGGCGGGGAGGAGAAGGGACAAAGGAGCCGGCGGAGGAGGGAGCAGCCCCCGGCCUGGAGCAGGGGGGGAGCCGCUGGAUGUGGAGGGUUUGGGCAAAAUGCUUUCUCUGAAGAAAUACUUCACCGAAGGCCUCAUCCAGUUCACCAUCCUGCUCAGCCUGAUCGGCGUGCGCGUGGACGUGGACACCUACCUGACCUCGCAGCUCCCCCCGCUCCGGGAGAUCAUCCUUGGCCAGAGCUCCGCUUACACCCAGACCCAGUUUCACAACCUGAGGAACACCUUGGACGGUUAUGGCAUCCACCCAAAGAGCGUAGACCUGGACUAUUACUUCACCGCCCGCAGGCUGCUCAACCAGGUGAGGGCCCUGGACAGGUUUCAGGUGCCCACCACCGAAGUCAGUGCCUGGUUGGUGCACAGAGACGCCGAGAGCUCCGUGGCUGGUGCUCAGCCCAGCGCCGGCAUCGCCCUAGAGAACGGCAGCGGCCUUCAGGAUGGGAGCAGCCCCGACGCCGGGGUGAGGGAGAGCGGAGCUGAGCAAGGCUUUGGGGAGGAACUGGAAGAUCUGGGAGCGGUGGCUGCCCCUGUCAAUGGCAACCUGACCAAAGAGGUAGGCAGGAGCCUCUGUGGCUGCUGGGAGGGGUGUGUGUGUGUGUGUGUUGCCCUUUGGUACCCACCUGAGCGAGCAGCGUGAUGCACGUUGGGUUUAGUGCUUGGG